CAACGACAAAUCGAUAAUAGAAUUUUCAGAAAAGAUUAGGAACUAGAAUUUGAUUGAAAUGGAUAGCGUUGUGUCGACCGCGACACUGAUGCAGUCGACGGCAUCGUUGUCCAAGGCCAAGAAAGCGAAGAAGGUCCGUCUGCCGACCUUCGAUCUAUCGCUGGAACAGAAGAAGGACAUUAAGAAGGCCUUCGAUCUGUUCGAUACCGAAUGCACCGGCUUUAUCGAGGUCAAGGAGCUGCGUGUGGCCAUCCGUGCCUUGGGCUUUGAGCCCAAGAAGGAGGAGAUCAAGAGCAUGAUGGAUGAGAUCGACAAGGACAAGACGGGUCUAAUUGCGUUCAAUGAUUUCCUGUAUCUAAUGCGUCGCAAGAUGGCCGAGAAGGACACCAUGGAGGAUAUGCUGAAGGCCUUUGCCUUCUUCGAUGACGAUCGCACCAAUCGCUGCACUUUUGACAAUCUGAAGCGUGUGGCCAAGGAGCUCGGCGAGGACCUCAACGAUGAGGAGUUGCAGGAGAUGAUCGACGAGGCCAACACCAGUGGCGACGGCGAGGUGACUCGCGAGGAGUUCCUCGCCUUCACCAAGAAAACCCAUCUGAUCUAGUUACUCUUUAUGGAAUUCUAUAUUGCUUUGCGUUUGGGGAAACGACGUUGUUAAUGGACACACAAUUGAUUUACACAUCAUUUCGAGUCGCACACUUCGGACAUCAUCGACAGUCGACACUCUGAUGACACCAUAUACUGUGUUGCUCUUGAGGAAGUUUGGAUAUGCUUCGGUUAAAUAAAGCAAAGCAAUAUAUAUGCA